AUGGCCAACCCAGCUGCAACUUCCCCGACCAUCCGCAACGGUGCUACCGCCGGCUGGCCGCGCGAUGGUGCCGGCCCCGACGCCCCCUUCAUCGGCAUCCUUGUCGCUCACCACUCCACUACCCACUCCAUGCCUCAAGACAACUCCACCACGAACCCCGCUACACCCCCGCCCUCCACUCAGCUAGACCUAGACGCCCUGCGUGCUCGCCUAAACGAGGCACGUGCAGCGGCCGCUUUCGGCCCGUCUCCUAUGCAUGCCCGCGGCGAUCUCCCCCCGCGCCAUUCUGGCCCUCCUCUUCAGCACGCACCCCUCAUUGUGGCGCCUCCAUGCCUUGUCAAUGACGUCGGCCACAUCGCGUUCGCCCACCUCCGCACUCCCAUCCACAACCCUGCGACGCUCAUCCAUGACGCCAUCUUGGCUCACGCCGGCAACCCCAGCUUCAGCGUUGCGGGCUGCGUCACUUUUGAGUCCGCAAGCGUGCGGGAUUACCUUGUCAGCCUCGGUUCCCUCGACUUUCGUGGCAACCAGAUCACACUCGAGCCGGUCGAGCUUGCUGACCGGGCGUCACCAGUCUUCGACCAGCUAAUCGAGGUCCAGGCUGCGGAAUUCCCGCACGAGCUCUGGCACGACGCCGGGAUCCGGUGGGCUCUUAGCCGCCUUGGAGACAUUUGCUCCGUCGACCACUACUGCCUCGAGGGGCGUGACUUCACAGCAGUUCGCGCCCUCGUCAUGGUCGACCGGCGAAACCGCCUGCCGGACUCCCUGCCAAUCCAGUUCCCUCCCUCCAACGACAUCAAAGUCGUCAAGAUCACCAAGCUCGCCACGAUCCUCAACCCGAUGGGACCUUCUGACCCAUCGCCGUUCUCCUCCGACUCUGACUCGGACGCGGACGAUCACCACUUCAACCACGACAACAACCCACGCAACGCCCCUACGGGCAAUGCUGACGAGCUACCUCGGGGCCCGCCGCCGUCCCCUGUCCUCGCCACCACACCACCUCCUCCCAACAACGUCGGUGGCUCCGCCGACCUGCCGCUGCUCGUCUCGUCCGAGGACGAGGGGCCUGCGGAGAAGGGGAUACCCGUCCUCAACAUCUCAUCAGACAGUGACUCCGCCCCCCCAUCGCAGCGAGCCUCGCCCCCCAUGGCAGCCCAUGCAUGCCCCAUCGCCGACUCCUCCUCCACGACUGCCACCAUCACGCGCCCCACACCACGCCUCGCUGCGGCUGUCGGGGGCGUCCACCUGCCGGCGCCCCCGCUUGCGGUCGGUGGUGACGACGGCGUCUUCAACGCCCCUCCUCCACCCUCCGCCCUGCAACUGUCGUCGGCGUUCUGCCAGUACGACAGUUCCACCUCGUCAAACUUCGACAGUGACGCUACCGCCUUCACCUUCUCGGCUGGGGCUUCCUCCCCUGAUUCAGCCACCCACGAGUCCGUGCUUCGCAAGCUGCGUCACUGCGCCAAACGUUCGGCGGACAAGACCAAAAGCCUCCGCCGUAGCUCCCGCCUGGCCGCCAAAGAGCCCUCUGUCUUCACUGACAUGACUACUAGGGCUGUCAGGGCAAAAGCCGCGCGUCUCAAUGCAUCAGACGUCGCAAAGGCUCUCAAGGACGCCAUCCACCACGCCCAGCUUGAUGUUCCAGAGGCCCCGCCUGCUUCUGCCGCAGCCCUUGCGGAGAUUGCCUCACUCUGUGGGGCUGGCGGUGAGGCUGCUGCUUCCGUUGCUCAUGCUGACGACAGCAGCGACGACGGCGGUGCUGACGCCCUGCCAUGA